AUGGCCACCUCGGUCUAUACAUCCCCGGAGAGCAAAGAGCACAACAGUCCCAGACUCUUGGCGGCGCUACAGGGACAGAAGAGCAUAUUCAAAGUAUCCAAAUACCAGCCAGGAGCUAGAUCCUCUAGACAGACCGGGGAUCGGACCUACCAUGCUCGUCGGCCUCAUCAGAAGUCCCGUGGGGGCUGCAUGAAAUGCAAGGAGCGAAGGGUCAAGUGUGAUGAAACCAAACCUCACUGUCUUCGCUGUCAAAAAUAUGGUGUCGAUUGCAUCUACGAGGAGGGAAGUAAACACCACCAAGAUGUUGUCUCAUACUUGAUCGAGAAAGUCCCCAGUUUGGUAUCGCCAGACUCCACCGCAUAUUCCAUGUCGCUGGUAGCGGUCUCCUCCAAGAUCAACGAGCUGUUGCGGGUCAAACCUAAGAGAGGAAAUCUGUCCGACCCGGUGCGUGCAUUGCAUCAUUUCCAUGAGCAUACGGCUCCCGUAGUCAACGGCAAGAGCAUCCACAGUAUUCCGCGGGGUAAAAUGAUUCAACUCGCACUUGAUUCCCCAUUUCUCAUGCAUAGCAUCCUUGCCACCGCUAUCUCACACCUCUGCUACGCCCUCCCUGACAACAGCUCCUACACAGCCGUCGAGGCCUACCACUGGCAACAGGCGAUCAGCCAGUACUCACAAGAGAUAGCACACGUCAGGUCAGAGAACAUGGACGCACUUUUCUCCGCCUGUUUCCUCAUGACGACACAUUCCUUCCGCCUGGAAACGUGCGAUCCGCGAAGCUCCUUCGUAUUCUCCAACGACCCGGAAUCCCUAAACUGGCUAAUGCUGCAGAGCGGUCUACGUCAUCUUCUGAGUCUCGCCCAACCUUGGCUCUACCGCAGCGUAUGGUUCGAAUUAUUCAUGGAAUCCCGACAAUCGAAUCCCCUCUUCGACGACCACCGAUCCGGGCGAGAGGGUCUGGACCCCGCAUUCGCUGAUAUCUGUGCCAUCGACGACUCCUCCACCGAGGGCUCGAACCCGUAUUUGUGGCCGCUGCGCAUGCUCACACCCAUACUGGCCGCAGAACGUUCCAUGCGUAGCUUCUCCAUGUACACGAAUUUCAUGGGACGAUUGGACAGUUCGUUCUAUGAGAGAUUGCUCAGAAGAGAUCCCCCCGCCUUGCUGAUUCUCGCAUGGUGGUUGGGUCUCGCUCAUUCGGCUCGUCAGUGGUGGAUGGAAACGAGGAUCAGGUCCGAAUGCACCGCUAUCUGUAUGUAUCUUGAGGAUAGUGAUGAUCCUCGUGUCCUGGCUUUAUUGGAGUUUCCGGCUGAAACGUGUGGGUAUUUAUUACGACAUGUUCAAGAAAGGAUGAAUUUAUAG